CCUGUUUUUCUGUGUAUAUAAAAUGGGAAACAAUGUUUCGACCAAACGAAACUUAAAGAAAGAUAGGUCGAAUAAGACCAAAAGUAUGCCUUUGCCUCCUCGUAUUGAAGUUGCUGAAAAUGAACAUUCGACCAACACUGCUCACUCUGUCAAUUCUAUUUUGCUUACUUCUAAAAAAAACAACACAACCAAUAAUACCCUUGCUCAACUUAAUCCCGAUUACCCACUUUCUAAUAACAAUAAUAACAAUGAAGAUACCAUUCCCCGGGGAAAUGAUCCUUUCCAGGGCAAAGUAGAAAACCUUCAUCAACACAAACUCUUGGCGGCUUCUGAUUUCUGGCCCCCUCAACAACAACAACAACAAGCUCAGCCCCAAAGAGAAAAUGAGGAUUAUAAUCAACUUACUGUAGGCUCACUUAAUCAACUCACUGUGAAUUCAAUGGCGAGUGACUACUCUUCUACUACAAACAUUGACGAGUAUAUCCAUCGUUUGUUAGAAGCGGGUUAUGCAUCCAAAGUGUCUAAACAACUCUGUCUCAAGAACUCUGAAGUAACAGCCAUUUGUCGUGCUGCCAUGGAUAUUUUCCUAAGUCAACCUUCUUUAUUAGAACUCUCUCCACCUGUCAAGGUUGUAGGUGAUACGCAUGGUCAAUACACUGAUUUGAUUCGCUUAUUUGAAAUGGGAGGGUUUCCUCCUACCAGCAACUAUCUGUUCUUGGGUGAUUAUGUUGACAGAGGCAAACAAAGCUUGGAGAAUAUCCUCUUGCUCUUUUGUUACAAGAUCAAGUACCCCGAAAAUUUCUUCCUUUUACGAGGAAACCACGAGUGCGCCAAUGUGACAAAAGUCUAUGGAUUCUAUGAUGAAUGCAAGCGUCGAUUGAGCCCUAAAAUGUGGAGAACAUUUGUAGACGUCUUUAAUACAUUGCCUAUUGCUGCUCUUGUAGCAGGUAAAAUCUUUUGUGUUCAUGGUGGUCUAUCACCUUCUUUGCAUAGUAUGGAUGAUAUUCGAAACAUUCAGAGACCGACAGACGUGCCUGAUUAUGGUUUAUUGAAUGAUCUCUUAUGGUCUGACCCAGCUGAUAUAGAAGGGGAUUGGGAAGACAAUGAGAGAGGCGUCUCUUAUGUCUUUGGCAAGAAGAUUAUUAAUGAAUUCUUAUCCAAGUAUGAUUUAGACCUUGUUUGUCGAGCACAUAUGGUGGUUGAGGAUGGUUAUGAGUUCUUUUCGAAUCGAUCCCUUGUCACUGUGUUCUCUGCUCCUAACUAUUGUGGUGAAUUUGAUAAUUUUGGUGCUAUCAUGAGUGUGAAUGAAGAGUUACUAUGUAGUUUUGAAUUACUUACACCAGCCGAUCAUCCCUUGGCUAAAGAAAGACUCAGGCAAAGCAAGAAUAGCAAGCGUUGAUACCUUCUUUAUAUUAUCUCAUUAGAAUAAUUUGCAUUUAAUCGUCCUCAUAAGUAAUAAACAGUCAUUUGCUGUAUGUAAAUGACAUAGUGAACCAAUCAAA